AUCCUCCUUCCUUUUAUUGACGACGACGAUGAUAAUCCUAUGCCAGAUUAAGCUGGAUUUGAGCCUAAAAUGUCUGUUAAGGGCCCGGCCCAUCGACAGUUCGGACUUCUGAAGUAUCCUAGAAGCAGUCCGGAUUCUAGAAGAACUAAGACCUCGAAGAAGAAUCAGUUUAACGGUUCCUACUGAAUCAAAGAAACCCAUGGCGUCAACUUCUUCUGCCACCGCUUCUUCGGACCCUGAACUCGACUUAAUCAAGCAGAUAAGAACCUAUGAAGUUGCCAUAGCAGAGCUGGGCAGUCUUUCUUCUUCGCGGACUGUCUAUCAGAAAAAUGGUCACUUAUUUUUCCGCACAUCUAUUCAAAAAGCAACAUCAUCUGAGGAAAAACAACUUGAUCAGGCAAAAGCUAAGCUAGAAAAGCUGAAUUCCCAGUGAUUGUACUUGGCAGUGAUGUGCAGGACUGAAGCCUAUUAUUUGUCACCAACAAAAAAUUUUGGGUUGAAACGAUUUUGUGUUAUCAUUUGUUUAAUGCAAGAUGCAAACUGCUGGACUGAGACUUGAAUAAAUUUUCUCAAAAACAAAUCACAGAGGGAAUUUCCCUUUCAACCUUUCUCUGUGAGAUUAUGAUAUGAGCUAGAAAAGUUAAUAAAACGAUGAGUUUUGGCCUAAGGGAUUAAUUGGUAAAACGGGGCGUAGCAUUUUAGUGAAACGAUGAGUUUUGUAUAACCGAAUUAGCCACGUCAGUUUCUUGUUAUUUUCUUUCUUUUUAAGCAUGAAUAUGUGAGGAGUCGGUUCUGAAAUAUUUGCUGAAUGAAAAACAGACUUCUUCUCCUA